GGGGAACCACACGGCUCGAAAGAGAAUCGCCUUCUUUUCAUCGAACUCUCUUCCAUCCGCGUUCCUCUUGGAUCCAAUGCGGUCUUAGGAUCCUCAUUAUAUCUCUACCACGAACCGCAUUCAACCCUCCAUUUCCGCAACCCUUUACCCGAUUUUCGAGCAACUCCGACACACUUAAUCCGACCAUCGCCUAGAACCAUGACAGGUGGCAGCGGCAAACCAACCGGGCUAAAGCUGAAGCUGCCAAAAAGUCAGUCAGCGGCGGAACCGGAGAGCUCAUCAACACCUAAGCUCAGGUUAAACUUCAAGGGCAUUACAACGCCCGCAACCGAGAACCCUCCAUCAAUUCAACCUUCGCCCGAGCAACCGAAACCAAAGCGAAAGUACACCAAGAAACCGAAAGGAGACGCUGCUCCCACACCGAACAAGAAGCGGCCAAUCGACGAUGAAUCAUCGGCGCGGCCGAAGAAACGAAUCAACAAAGCCUCCAUAGCUGGCGCUGCGAGGAAGGGCGCCCUGACGCCGGUUCUGAAGUUGAAAAGCGCGGUUUCGGCGGACAAACCCCUUCCGAAGGUUCAGAAAGAUGUCCGAAUGAAGAUCAAGGUGCAGGGGAAGCCCCCCGAGAGGCCCAUCGGAGUAGGUUAUGACAGCGAAGACGAUGAGGUCGAGAAGGAUCCCGCAAUCGAACAAGCGUUCAUCAUCCGGUUUCUCCCCAACGCCGACCUCGACUACGUACGCCAGUGUGUCCAGGAGAAGCGAGUGGGAUUGCGACGCGAUGAGGGUGGGCUGGACAUGCACUUGCGCUUCUUCGACCGCGAGGGACGACGGGCGGUUGUCGUCAUUCGCAAAUCAAUAUAUGCGGCGGUGCUAGUAGAUUUACCUUGCGUCGCCGAGGGCAUGAAGAGUUGGGACCGGAAAGGAUGGUACAAAUCGGUCGAUGUCUAUCAGAUGCUGCUCGUCCUCGGCCCGGUCGGGGACGAGGGGGAGGCCAAGACCUAUCCGCUACCGAACGAGGUGGAUCCGACAACGUGGCAGUAUGCCCAUGGGCUCACGCCGCCGAUGCAUCACGCGAGGAAGCGCCGGUUCCGACAACGGGUCAGCUUCCGAACGAUCGAAGAAGUGGAGGAGAAGGUGGAGCGCUUGUUGGAGGCGGACAAAAAGGCGCAGGCGUCCGGCGGGUCAUCUAUCUACACUCUGACGGACGGUGCGGCCGUACGAGAGGGCUCAGACGCCGGGGAAGCGGAAGACGAAGACUACGGAUACGGACAGCCGCACGAGCAGGAAGGCAUGGUCAUCGAUGAGGAGAUGAUGGAGGCGGAUGUCGACGACAUGGCAAAAAUGUUCGAGGCCGAGUUCGAAGAAGACGCGGAAGGCGAGCCGGCGGACUUGGACACGGUCGCGGUUCAGGGACACGCCGGUGACGAUGGAGAGAUCGUGGUCGACGCCGAUGCAGCAGCGGCGAUCGCAUCGCGGGGCGGUAACACGGCCGUAGUUGUAGAAGCGAGUCCAGCCGCUGACACCGGGGACGAUGACGAUGACGACGAUGACGAUGACGACGCGGAUGCGGUGGCAGACGAGGAGGAUGAGGAUUUCGUUGCCGCUCAACAGGAGCUGCUCGGAAUUAAGGAACAGAUCACCGAACUGGAGAAUGACGUCCAGUACUAUCGAGGGAAGCUCGAUCAGGAGGCCAACAAGUUGUUGCGUGGCCGUCUGCAGAAGAACAUUGAGCAACGCGAAGCGGAUCUGGAGAUCAAGAAGAGAGAGUAUGUCGAGAAAGGGGGUGUCCUUGAUGACUAGACACUACGAUGGCCUGUCUCCGGUGGGAGGGAGUGAAUAGCAUUCAGGCUCAAGCAUUAGUGUAUUCAGACCAUGGUCACAUCUAACGAAAGUUCAUUGUUCUAGUUAUCGCCUCAAUCCCCUGAGGUCUUCGUAAUUUUGUGCAGACCGCAUAUUGGAACUGCUUUUAUU